AUGGCCCAGGUAUUUACCAAGAGCGACGUUGCGUCGCAUAACAAGCCUGGAGACUUGUACAUUGUUGUCGAUGGCGAUGUCUACGAUGUGACCAAGUUUCAAGAUGACCAUCCAGGCGGCAAGAAGAUCCUCCAGCGCGUCGCUGGCAAGGACGCGUCCAAGCAGUUCUGGAAGUACCACAACGAGAGCAUCCUGAAGAAGUACCAGAAGCAGCUUCAGGUCGGAUCCCUCGACACCAAGCCCAAGGCUCCCGAGCCCAAGGCCGAGCCCAAGCCCGCUCCCGCUCCUGCGGCUACACCCAAGGCUGUUGCUGCUGCUGAGAAGGCGGCUUCCAGCAGUGAGGAGGCGGACGCUCUUGAGCCUUAUGGAGAUCAGAUUCCCUUUGGCGAUCCUAGCUGGUACCAGAACUACCACUCUCCCUACUUCAACGAGACUCAUGCUGCCCUUCGCGCCGAGGUCCGUGAAUGGAUAGACGCUGAGAUCGAGCCCAAUGUCACUGAGUGGGACGAGGCCAAGCAGGUUCCCGAGGAGAUCUACAAGGAGAUGGGCCGUCGGGGCUACUUGGCCGGUCUGCUCGGCGUCAAGUACCCUACCAACUAUGUGCCCCAGGGCAUCAAGUCGGUGCCCCCCGAGAAGUGGGAUCUGUUCCACGAGAUGAUCAUCACCGACGAGCUGUCGCGCACCGGAUCCGGCGGCUUCGUGUGGAACGUCAUCGGAGGCUUCGGCAUCGGCUGCCCCCCUGUCAUUAAGUUUGGCUCUAAGAAGCUCAAGGACCGCAUCAUGCCUGGUAUUCUGAACGGAGACAAGCGCAUCUGUCUUGCCAUCACUGAGCCAGAUGCUGGUAGUGAUGUCGCCAACCUGACUUGCGAGGCUAAACUGAGCGAGGAUGGAAAGCACUACAUCGUCAAUGGUGAGAAGAAGUGGAUCACCAACGGUAUCUGGUGCGACUACUUCACCACCGCUGUCCGGACGGGAGAGAAUGGCAUGAAUGGUGUGUCAUUGCUUCUCAUUGAGCGCGGUGAGGGUGUCACCACACGACGCAUGAACUGCCAGGGUGUGCACUCAUCUGGUACAACGUACAUCACGUUUGAGGAUGUCAAGGUUCCCGUUGAGAACCUGCUUGGCAAGGAGAACAAGGGUUUCCGAGUCAUCAUGACCAACUUCAACCACGAGCGCAUGGGCAUCAUCAUCCAGUCCCUCCGCUUCUCCCGCGUCUGCUACGAGGAGUCGGUCAAGUACGCCAACAAGCGACGCACCUUUGGCAAGAAGCUCAUUGAGCACCCCGUGAUCCGGAUGAAGCUGGCGCACAUGGCUCGACAGAUCGAGGCCUCGUACAACUGGCUCGAGAACCUCAUCUACCAGUGCGAGCGCAUGGGUGAGACCGAGGCCAUGCUGCGGCUGGGAGGCCCCAUCGCCGGCCUCAAGGCCCAGUCGACCUUGACCUUUGAGUUCUGCGCCCGCGAGGCCAGUCAGAUCUUUGGUGGUCUGAGCUACUCGCGCGGCGGCCAGGGCGCCAAGGUCGAGAGAUUGUACCGCGAUGUGAGGGCGUAUGCUAUCCCCGGUGGUAGCGAGGAGAUUAUGCUGGACCUGAGCAUGAGGCAGAGCUUGAGGGUGGCCAAGGCCAUGGGUAUGAAGCUUUAG